UCUGUUUUUUGGCAUGAAGAAUUGAAGAUGAAAACGAAAAAUGAGGACGACAAGAUCAGCGCCUUAUCGGAUGAGUUGCUCCUCCACAUCCUCUCCUUUCUCUCCGUCACCGACUCCGUCGCCACCUGCGUUCUCUCUCGCCGCUGGCGAAACCUCUGGGAGCGUCUCUUCGUCUCAGACUUUGACUAUGACGACGGCCACCGCCAGAUUGAUUUCGUGGAAUUCGUGAAGAGCGGUGUUAUUAUAACCCGCCGCAAGGAACCCAGCAACAUCUACAAGUUUCACCUCUUGUCUACGACUUCCACUGUUGACAUUCAGAGCCCACUUGCCACGUGGAUUUCUGCUGCUCUUGGGCCCCACUUGCAAGAAAUCUCCAUCACUCUCUCAUCUCCAUGUUUCUUCCCUCUCUGCAUUUUCAGAUGUAAGUCGCUGGUGUCACUCUGCUUGGAAUGUCGUCAUAUGCAUGUUGAGACGAUUGCCAAUGCCUAUCAGUUGCCAUCACUGAAGAAAUUAGAAUUGAAAGUCUGCUCUGCAAGCUGCUUAAUUUCACUUUUGAUGUGCUGUCCAAAUCUUGAAACUCUUGAGCUCCAUUUCUAUAAAGGUUAUACACCUCUACUGCACAUUGGUAUGCUCUCUUCAUUGAAGAGUUUAACCCUUUUAGGUCUUGGCAAACAAGUUGGUAGCAUCACUAUAAACACCCCACUUCUUGAGCACCUUAACAUCAACCUAAAAUCAACCAAGUGCGGCACUUUAUCAGUAACAAGCAAUUUGCACAGCUUGGUCCAUGUGCAUCUUAACAUUCUUCAUCCUGUUGGAGAUGUUGUCAAGCUUCUCAACAAACUCUACAUGGCACAAUGCCUAAGUUUGAACGUAACAACAAUCACGAACUUUCACGAGGGUGGGGGCAUGGAAUUUCCAGAAUUUCAUCGUUUGGUUCGUCUAGAAUUGAUCGUAAAUUAUUUAGAUUCGAGCUUCGUAAUGGACGUACUUCAACAUUGUUGUGUACUAGAAUCUUUCCAAAUUCAUUGUUUGGAAUAUCGGAGGAAAAGAAAACGUACUUGUUGGACACAGCCAACCGUUGCUCCUUCUUGUGUUGAAUCACACUUGAAAACCCUUGAAUUUAGAGGAUAUUGUGAUUUUGAGGAAGAACGUACAUUUCUGGCUUAUUUUCUUGAGAGAGGACUUGUUUUGAAGAAAAUGAAAAUCUUCUAUGGCUUCAGAAACUUAUCGGUAGAUAGAAAGCAUCAGAUUCUCAAGACAUUAUCUACUUUACCUAGAAGCUCUAACAUAUGCCAACUUAUGUUUGAUUGACCCAUCAUGUUAUUUCAUACAAAUAUAUAUACUUGAAUAGGUUUGAUUAUGGCAUUGUU